AAUGUAAAAUACCGUAACAAAGGCUGGCUGUAAAACACAAUAUGCAAAUAAUGGAGUCUGGUAGACCCCUGGCUUCAUCACCUGAACCGUUCUUCCUUCAUAUGGCCUCAUCUAAAGCCAGCUCAUCCCCUGCUCCACCCCAGAAACUCCACACCAAGUCCAGAGCGACCCGUAGUCCUAUAGUCAGCUCUCCCAUCACCAUUUCUGGUCAUUCGCUGCGAAUAAUGGAGGAUGAAUGUGUAAAUAUGUCUGUCAGCCCCAAUGGUUUGAAUUUAGCCAACUCUCCUGUCGUGCUCAACGCAUCAAGUUCAAGCUGCUCUGAGUUUGGAGGCCUAGGAUGUCUCGGUUUGUCUGCCUUGGCUGCUCCAUCACAGCUUGGUACUUUUCCAGAUUGGUGGCGGACAUCUGAGACACAAACCAGAGCAGCUGCAGCCUUCUUCCCCCCUCUUUUAGGUCUGCAUCCCUUUGUUUUAUCAACCUUCAAGAGCCACGAUCCUGUUGAUUUCCAGUCACGGCCUUCAGUUUCUUUAGGUGUUAAUGGAACAGUGAAUGGCAGGAGUGCUUCCUCUCCUGCUGGGAACGCUCCUGCUAUGAACACUAGUUCAUUACUAGCAAAGGGAAAGAAGGAGACACCUCAAGCCAACAGUCAUGAGCCGGGCCAGCUACAUCAGAAAGCCGUUGAGAAAGCAAACCAAAAGAAACCCAACAAAAGACCACUAGAGACAUCGAGCAUGAGUGGCAGCCAAUCAGAGUCUCAGUCAGAAAGCUCCAGCGAGGUUGAGGAGAGCAGCAGCGACCCUGACGAUAUGGAAGAGGAAGAUGAUGAUGACCAGAGCAGCGACAGUGAAGAGUCGGGUUAUGAAAAACAGAGUCCAGCUAAGCAGAAAGUCAAACGGCUGACACACAGCACUCCCGAGAGUAAAAAGAAGAGACCUUGCACAGUUGAUGGCAGCUCAAUUCAAGACGGACAUUGUAACAGUGUUCGUUUGACUUCCUUUUAUCACCCCCAGUCUUAUUCCAGUCCUGCUGGCCUGCUUCAGUCUGCAGCACUGUUUCUCCAGAGGCCCAGGACUUCAGAAGAGGAAUGCCAGCAGCACACCAGUGUCAUACAGGCCACAGGACUGGCAGUUAGCAACAGUCCCUUACCACAAUCCCAGAGAGCGGCUUGUCCUCUGCCUUUUAGAUCUUCUCCCAGCCCCAUCUCCUUCUCCAACUCAUCAAAACAUUUGGCCACUUUAACAUCAGCAAAGCGCUUCCAUCCUUCAUCCUCGCCAAAGCAUGCUUCUGUCUCCUCUUCUUCUAAACCUCUUGCCCUCUGCUCCACUAAAAAGUCCCUCUCUCAGUGUUCCCCACUGAAACCUCUUUGUUCACCCAAACCUCCUUUCCCGUCGUCUUUACCCAAACCACAAACACUGCUGGCCUCAAAAGGAGAGUCCCAUAUGUCCAAAUUUUUGAUGCCCUCUAACAAACACAGACAUCCCAUCAAUAACACGAAGGACAGCAGUGGAAACUUCCCAGAUCAAAGCCUGUUACUCUUACACACUUCUAAAUCGAAACAGCCCCUCAAUUCCACGGAUUCUGUGAAGCAAGUUUUCUCUCAGCGACCAAAGAGCCAAAGCUGCAGUAGCAACAUGUUCCUGAACCUUUAUCCUAACGGAGCGAUCAACGGUGCAGUUCAGGAUGCCCCUCUGGCCCUCAUCACUAAGCCCCGCAUCCAGAGCAGCACCCCCAACAGCAAGCCUCUCUUAGCAGCCACCAGUCCUCCCUGCUCCAUGCCUAUCAACUUGAGCACUGGCACCAAGGAAAUGUUGGACAGCUCCGCCUCCCCUCUUAAGACUUCUGCUUCAUCGGAACCCAGAUCAAGGAAAACUACCCAGACGGUGCAUUCAGGAAGGAGCCUCACCAGAACCAACACAUCCUGUCUGCCUGUAGAUUUGGUCAGAGGCAGUGAGCCUGAUAUCCACAGCAGCAAAAACUCGGACGACUCUUUAGGGGACGAUUACGAUGAUGAUGAGGAUGAAGAUUCUGGGAGCAGUUUUUCAGAGUCAGAGAGCAUCCUGGGGAGCGACUCUGAUGCCUUUGAGGAUGAUGUCAAGGAGUCCGUUGAGACAGAAGCAGAUAGCGAUGCAGAAAGAAGUCCUCUGAAACUAGCUCAAACCUCAUUGUCUACUCAAAAGUCCUCCUCGAGCCUCUCAGCCACCCCCUCCCUGCUCAACAUCCAGAUUACCAAACCUCCAAGUCUACAUAGUAGUUUUUUCAGCCCCACCACCAGCACCGGAGCAAUGGGCAAACAAAGUGCACCAUCACCACCCUUCACAUUUGCUUCGCAGCCAGGAUCGGGGAGGAGGAGGAGGGUUACGGAUGAGAGAGUUCUGCGAUUGCCUCUUGAGUUUGGGUGGCAGAGAGAGACACGCAUCAGGACUGUAGCGGGGCGUCUACAAGGCGAGGUGGCUUACUUUGCACCGUGUGGGAAAAAGCUCCGACAGUAUCCUGAUGUAGUGAAGUACUUAAUCAGGAAUGGAAUAACUGAAAUCUCACGAGACAACUUCAGCUUUAGUACAAAAAUUAAAGUUGGGGAUUUCUAUGAAGCCAGAGAAGGGCCCGAGGGUUUACAGUGGUUCCUACUGGCUGAGGAUGAGAUUGCUCCCAGCAUCAUAGCGAUGGAUGGGAGGCGCAGCCGGCGCACAAAGUCUGAGCACCAGCCGACAGGUGAUAGCACUGGGGCUAUACAGUGGAAACCUUAUCCUCUAAAUGGUGGUGAAAAUAACUUCCAAGAUGUCUCUGAUGCCAAGUUACUUCGUAAGCUGGAAGCUCAAGAAAUAGCCCGACAGGCAGCUCAGAUCAAAAUGAUGAGAAAACUAGAGAAACAGGCUAUAGCGCAAGCCGCAAAGGAGGCAAAGAAACAACAAGCAAUAAUGGCUGCUGAGGAGAGGAGGAAAAAGAGGGAACAGCUGAAGAUUCUUAAACAGCAAGAGAAGAUCAAGCGCAUUCAGCAAAUUCGUAUGGAGAAAGAACUCCGUGCACAGCAAAUUCUUGAGGAAAAGAGAAAAAAAAGGGAAGCGGCGGCGAGUGCCAGGAUACUGGAAGCUGAGAAACGUAACAAGGAGAGGGAGAUGCGAAGACUACAAGCCGUCAUACUGAAGCACCAGGAGAGGGAAAGACGCAGGCAGCACAUGAUACUCAUGAAGGCUGUCGAGGCCCGCAAGAAGGCGGAGGAGAAGGAACGUCUGAAAAAAGAAAAGAAAGAUGAGAAACAGUUGAACAAGGAAAGGAAACUGGAGCUCAGAAGACUAGAACUGGAAAAAGCAAAGGAGCUGAAGAAGCCAAAUGAGGACAUGUGUUUAGCGGAUCAUAAGCCUCUUCCAGAGUUGUCCCGUAUCCCUGGUCUGGUAUUAGCAGGAAGCACCUUCUCUAACUGCCUGAUGGUUUUGCAGUUUCUGCACAGCUUUGGAAAGGUGCUGGGACUGGAUUUAAAUUCAGACCCGCUCACUAUAGGUGACCUUCAAGAAGGGUUACUGAACAUUGGGGAAAAUAUGGAAAAGGUCCAGGACCUGUUGGUGACCAUGCUCUCUGCAGCUGUGUGUGAUCCUGGGGUACCUGCAGGUCACAAGAGCAAAACCAUCUUGGGGGACCACUUGACUAAUGUGGAGAUCAACCGGGACAAUGUGUCUGAGAUUCUGCAGAUCUACAUGGAGGGUCACUCUGAACAGAAAGAGGUGGCCAUGCUGGCUUUUAGUCUCAGGACUAAGCCUUUCCAAGCCCACAGUCCGUCACAGAAGGCCUCUGUUUUAGCAUUCCUGGUAAAUGAGCUUUGCUGCAGUAAGGCUGUGAUCAGUGUUCAAAACAAAUCCAAGAGGAAAGAAGGGGACAGUGAAGAAGAGGAAGAUGAGGACGAUGACAGUGAAGACCAAAGAGAUGACGAGGAGGAGGAGGAAGAAGAAGCAGGUGGAAAAAGAGGAAAGAAAACAGACAUAUGUGAAGAGGAGGAUGACAGUGUACGCUCUGCCAGCAUCGAGGAACUUGAGAAACAGAUUGAGAAAACAUACAAGCAACAGAGUCAGAUUAGACAGAAGCUGUUUGACUCCUCCCACUUACUGCGCUCUGUGAUGAUUGGCCAGGACAGAUACAAGCGGCGCUACUGGGUCCUUCCACAGUGCAGUGGCAUUUUUGUUGAAGGCACUGAGAGCAGUGAAGGCUGUGAAGUGGAGGAGGAGGAGAGAAGAAGACAGUGGGCUACUGAGGUGAUCAGAGUAAAAGGGGAGCAGUUGGAACAGACAAAUCCGGUGGUCUCCAGCUCCACACAGAGCACAGACAAUGAUACAGCUAGCCAGCAGGACAAAGACAAUCUCUUCCUCCAAAAACCUGGCUCUUUAUCUAAGCUCAGCAAACUUCUAGAAGUAGGCAAAAUGGGUCAAGAUUCAGACAUCAAUACACAGAACAGUCAUUCUUUUAAAGUCCCCACCACGGCUUCUUAUCCUUCGUAUCCUGCCUCACAGAUAGUCCCUACUCAGCAGGGUCUGAUGGAUAAAUUGGACACUGCGGUGCCAUUUCUGCUCAGUGCUACUCAGCUGAAAAGCAUUCACUGGGUGACCCAGAGUCCUCAGUCCAGCCUUCAUUAUGAUCAGCUGUCCAAGACACUGACUGAAAAAAGCAGCCAGUGGUUUAGCCUAUUUCCUCGCUCUCCCUGCGACGAGUCCUCAGUGACCUCUGGUUCCAGUCCACCAGUUUCCUCCUCUUCUCCACAACCCAUCAGAACCAAAUCCCCCUCUUUCCUCUCCACUAAUCCCUCAGCUACAGAUAGCUACAACACUACUCCUGGGAUCAGUAACACAGAAUUGCCUAUCUUUCAGCAAGUAAAGUCUGGCAUUCGUGAAGGCAGACUGACACAGCAUGACAUGUCUAGCUCAGUGGCAAGUCCCAGCCUGCCCUUCUCUGGCACACCUCUACCCCCUAUGGUGGAUCUAGCUUCACAGCAUGCAGAGGGUCAUGGAAAUGAGGCCUCUUUUCUGGAAAAUAACUCUAUCAACAAGUGCGAGACCUCAGAGUCCCCAAGUGACAAGUCCACUUGUGCCUCAUAUGCUGCCAUAGAGGGGGCCAAAACCCAAGACUACCCUUAUCCUCGGCCCAUCCCAGAGGAAAUGCUGCAUGGCUGGUGGAGUGUGUCUGACAUGGAGAACCUGCACAGUCUGGUCAAGACCCUCCAUUGCCGGGGCAUCAGAGAGAAGGCCUUGCAGAAACAGAUCCAAAAGCAUAUGGAGCAUAUGACCAAGCUCUGUGAGAACAGCAAAGAUGCUAUUGGUGUGACAGGGAUGGAAAAGCAGGAGGUAAGCAAGGAGGCAGUGGAGAGCUGGUGUGUUGAGGAGAAGGCCAUGGAGGUGGACAUUCGCCUGCUGCGACAGGUUGAAGCUCUGGAGAGGAAAGUCAUCUCCGCCAGCCUGCAGGUCAAGGGUUGGAUGCACCCUGAGCCCCAGUCUGACAGUAAGGAUCUGGUCUAUCAUGAGCACAAGCCCUUCUCUUCCCUGGCUCAGGAAAACAAAAGAGAGAGAGACGCCAGUCAAGAAGAUGUUCCUGGCUCUAUGGUGCGGCGGCCCAACAAUCCCCUUGACAUAGCGGUCACCAGGCUGGCAGAACUUGAGAGGAACAUUGAGCGAAGCAGUGAGGAGGAGGUGGCUCCUGGGAUGAGACUGUGGCGCAAAUCCCUCAGUCAAGUCCGCAGCUCAGCUCAGCUGUCACUCUGCAUUCAGCAGCUGCAGAAAUCCAUUGCCUGGGAACGAGCCAUCAUGAAAGUGCACUGCCAGUUCUGUCAAAAAGGAGAUAAUGAAGAGCUGCUCUUACUCUGUGAUGGCUGUGAUAGAGGCUGCCACACUUACUGCCAUAAACCCAAGAUCAAUACAGUGCCUGAUGGGGACUGGUUUUGUCCAGCUUGUGAGUCAAAGGAGAGCGGUCAAUACCCUCAUAGUAGGAAGCAGCAGAGCCGAACAGCUGGAGGAGGGAAGGAAAGCGUCGAGGGAAAACGAAGCAUUAAGCCAUCUGUGGAUGGAGAGCUCAUCAGUGAGGAGGAUGCCAGAAGCAACAAUGUGCCAAAGAAAGGUACCAAGGAGGUCAAAAAGAGGAAAGCAGACAACAGCCCACCCAGCUCCCAGGCCAAGUUUGACAGCCCCAUCUACUGUGCAAAAAAAGCCAAAACGCACAAAGAUGAGCUGGGAAUAUGCCGAGUGCUGCUGGCUGAGCUGGAGGCCCAUCAGGAUGCCUGGCCUUUUCUCACCCCAGUCAACCACAGAGCUGUUCCUGGAUACAGAAAAGUCAUCAAGAAACCGAUGGACUUCUCCACCAUCAAGGAGAAGCUAACCAGUAACCAGUAUUUAAACUUGGAGACAUUCAUCAUCGACGUGAACCUGGUUUUCGAUAACUGUGAGAGAUUUAACGAAGAUGACUCUGAAAUCGGACGAGCCGGCCACAGGAUGAGGAGAUUCUUCGACAAGCGAUGGACUGAAUUCUUGCAGUGAACACAUUCCAAAGUGGACAUGUCCAACUUUCUCAUGGGUGUCGGAGGCCUUCUCGACCUGUGA